AUGACUGAUCCAUUGAAUACAUUGGAUUCGGCUUCCAGCCCGUUAUCCGUUUCGCGCAAAACAUAUCCCAUUGCGGGCAUCCUCACCACCGUUUUUGGUCUCGAAGAACUACCCCCGCAGGCGACCGAGGUCGCUUGUCUCUGGCUUCUGCACCCCAGACUGGCAACGCAGGAGCGCAUGAGCGGAAUAGCCGGUGCUGUCAUCAGGGACUGGAACCAAAGACUCAAGGAUCGUGCCGCCGAUACCAAGGCUCCUGUGACGGGCUUGGUUGCUGUGGCUUUCGAUCAGAGGAAUCAUGGCUCCAGGUUGGUCGAUCCCCUCGGAAACGAGGCAUGGAGACAGGGCAAUCCUCGACAUGCACAGGACAUGUUUUCCAUCUUUCAGGGUACUGCCCGGGAUGUAUCACUUUUGAUGGACUAUCUUCCGUCGUUUCUAUUCCCAACUUCCGAACGCCGGGUCUCUGACCACCUUGUCCUUGGUGUAUCCUUAGGCGGUCAUGCCGCAUGGAGUUGCAUCAUGCACGAGCCUCGCGUGAGUGCUGGCGUGGUUAUCAUCGGCUGUCCGGAUUAUGUCAGUCUCAUGGCAGAUCGGGCAAGACUGUCAAAGCUCGCAUCGUGGACAGAGAGCAACCCUCAGGGCUCCCAGUUCCUGGGCUCCGAGGCCUUCCCUUCCACGCUCCUCGAUGUUGUUUGCAACUAUGACCCUGCCGCCUUGUUGCUGAGCUAUCUGGGCUCCACGCCGGACCUGUCGCGCAAUGAGUCUUUGCGGGAACCGAACGAGGAGGAAAAGCAGAUCUUGCGCCCUCUCCUCGAUCGGUGCCUGGCGAAUAAAAAGAUACUCAAUUUGUCCGGAGGUCUGGAUAAACUGGUACCAUACCAUCGGGGAGAGGCUUUUCUCACCUGGCUGAAACAGACCAUAGGGCCGAAUGGGUGGUUUGCCGAUGGUGCGGUGACUCUGGAAGAUAUCAUUGAUGAGAAUGCUGCACAUGAGGUUACCCCUAAGAUGAUUGCCGAAGCAGUCCGAUUCAUCCGUGAAAGUCUAGACGCUGGCAAAGGAGACUCGAAAAGCCCCGGCUCAGUCCGCGAAGCCAAGAUAUAA